CCAAACAUACCAUAAUAGAAUAUCUAACCAUUACCAUGGUAUUUUUAUCAGCCGCACGAUGGCUUUUUUCAAUUUGCUACAAUAGAGCGACCGUCUUUAUUACUCUAUUAUUCUAACCACCUUCAAAAAAACUUUGUUAUUGAUUUUAGUUUUUUUGCUCUUCCUUCCGUUCCGAGUUCAUAUAUCAAAGAGAAGCAAAAGAGUAAAUCUGAUUGUCAAAUUGCCUCUUUUCCUUAUAAAUAUCAAAAGCUGAUAUUUUUCCGCCCUGAUAAUAUAUCAUUCUUUCUUGCAAAACUCGCCAAUUCGCUCUUUUAUCCUUUUACUGAAACAAAUAUCUGAAAAAAGCUUCGGUCAAGUUGCACUAUUUGCUACGUGACAUAACCUUUUAAAUCCCAGAAGAAUGUCGAUUAGUGUUUUAAGUGAUCCAUCACUCAUCACUAUUUCCCUCAAUCUCCUUGGUUUGAGUUUCUGUUUUUUCGCCCACGGAGCAUCUCAUCCCCUUUCAUCUUUAAAUGGGGAUCUUCUCCGAACAUCUUCCGAAACCUCGGAGCUUCAAAAUUUGUCGCAAUGGUUUCAAGCAUUUUCGUAUUUCUUGCUUGGAAUGUGUGUAUUUUGCAUGUACGAGUGGCUGGUCCAUUUCUUUGUGUACCAUGGCUGGAAAGUCAGACUGACAGGGGUUGGAUGGCAACUGCAUAUGCGCCAUCAUCAUUAUCCAGAGAAGCUUCUUCACGUCCCCCACAGUAUAUCGCAGCAGUACCUCUGGGUCGUCCUGUUCACAAUAUCAACCCGACUAAUCUUUUUCUACCAGUCCAAUGACGUCAUCGCAAUAAUAGUUUCUGGCAAUCUGAUUGGUCUGUAUCUGCAUGAAGUGGCUCACUUGCAUGCUCAUGGACAUCCGUUUCUAGUGGCACAUAUAAAGUUCCUCGAACCAUGUCGACGCUAUCACAGUUACCACCACUACUCAUGCGAGGACAGCAAAGUGGCCUUCGGUCUAGUGACCCCCUGGGUAGAUUACGUCACGGGCUACUUGCCCCCCUACCCCUCCGCCAGUCCAUUCCACUGCUACUCCAAACACCACAACUCCUCAUUGGCCAACACACUCACUCACCGACUGAUGAGACUACCUCUUCCUGUUCCCUUCAUGCACUGGAUAUGCAUGUACAGUCUCUCACAAGAUGGAGACUUCUGAUUGGACGAGGAGAGGAAAUAUUUUGACCAAUAGGAGAGCCGGAGAGUCCUCUUUUUGUCAUCUAGUUUCAUAAAUCGGAUAUCUGAAACUAUUUCGCUGUCGGUUAGAUUAGUGAUAUUGAUCAGUAAUCAAUCAAAAGGGAGUCCGGAUCUUGUCAAUUUUCCUUCCUAUGGUACUUGGUAAAACAUCUCCAC